AUGGCCCGUCUCCUCAGCCGGGACCCUGUGGAUAUUGAGAAUAUCCUAGCCUUAAAUCCCCGUAAACAAACAUAUGCAACUUUGAAUUCCACAGCAGCCAAGAAACAUGAGAAAAUGCACUGGAAAAGGAAUGCGGAUAAAAGCUGUUCAAACUGUGAGAAGCUGGAAAAUAAUUUUGAUGACAUCAAGCACACGACUCUUGGUGAGAGAGGAGCACUUCGAGAAGCAAUGAGGUGCUUAAAGUGUGCAGAUGCCCCCUGUCAGAAGAGCUGCCCAACUAAUCUAGACAUCAAGUCAUUUAUCACAAGUAUUGCAAACAAGAACUAUUAUGGAGCUGCCAAGAUGAUCUUUUCUGACAACCCGCUUGGGCUGACGUGUGGGAUGGUGUGUCCAACUUCAGAUCUUUGUGUGGGUGGAUGCAAUUUAUAUGCCACCGAGGAGGGACCAAUUAAUAUUGGUGGACUGCAGCAAUUUGCUACAGAGGCAUUUAAAGCAAUGAAUAUUCCUCAAAUUAGAAGUCCAUCUUUGCCACCACCUGAAGAGAUGCCCAAAGCUUACCAUGCCAAGAUAGCUCUUAUUGGAGCUGGGCCCGCAAGUAUCAGCUGUGCUACCUUCUUGGCACGAUUAGGCUACUCGGACAUCACCAUCUUCGAAAAGGAAUCCUAUGUUGGUGGUUUAAGUACAUCUGAAAUCCCCCAGUUUCGGCUGCCAUAUGAUGUAGUGCAUUUUGAAACCAAGCUUAUGAAAGACCUUGGAGUGAAGAUAAUUUGUGGAACAAGACUUUCAACACAGGGAUUGACGCUCCGUGCCUUGAAGGAAGAUGGUUACAAAGUGGUCUUUAUUGGAAUUGGUCUACCGGAACCAAAGAGAGAAUCUGUAUUUGAAGGUCUGAAGAUGGAUCAAGGAUUUUACACGUCUAAAGAUUUUCUACCACUGGUGGCUAUGGCAAGUAAACCAGGAAUGUGCGCCUGUCGUUCUCCAUUGCCAUCAAUACAGGGAACGGUGAUUGUUCUGGGAGCAGGUGACACUGCUUUUGACUGUGCAACAUCGGCUUUGCGCUGUGGAGCUCGUCGUGUUUUUGUGGUCUUCAGAAAAGGAUUUACAAAUGUGCGAGCUGUCCCAGAGGAGAUGGAACUUGCAAAGGAAGAAAAGUGUGAAUUUCUGCCUUUCCUUUCUCCUCGAAAGGUGGUAGUGAAAAGAGGGAAGAUUGUUGCUAUGGAAUUUGUUCGGACUGAGCAAGACGCAGAUGGAAGCUGGAAUGAAGAUGAAGAUCAGGUGGUCCGUCUGAAAGCUGAUGUAGUGAUCAGUGCCUUUGGAUCCGUCUUAAAUGACCCAAAAGUAAAAGAAGCUCUGAGUCCUAUCAAGCUUAACAAGUGGGGUCUCCCAGAAGUUGAUCUAGAGACCAUGCAAACAAGUGAGCCGUGGGUUUUUGCAGGGGGUGACAUUGGUGGCAUGGCCAACACUACAGUCGAAUCAGUGAAUGAUGGAAAGCAAGCUUCCUGGUACAUGCACAAGUACAUACAGUCUUUGUAUGGUGCUGAAAUUUCUUCUGCACCACAUCUGCCUCUUUUCUACACUCCCAUUGAUCUUGUAGACAUCAGUGUCGAAAUGGCCGGUCUGAAGUUUCCAAACCCUUUUGGCCUUGCCAGUGCAACUCCAACAACAAGUUCACCGAUGAUUCGCAGAGCUUUUGAAUCAGGAUGGGGAUUUGCACUGACCAAAACAUUUUCCCUAGACAAGGACAUUGUAACCAAUGUUUCUCCAAGAAUAAUACGUGGAACUACCUCGGGUCCUAUUUUCGGACCAGGCCAAGGUUCUUUCCUAAACAUUGAGCUCAUCAGUGAGAAAACAGCAGCCUAUUGGUGUAAAAGUAUCACAGAGCUGAAGAUGGACUUCCCUGACAAAAUAGUCAUUGCAAGCAUCAUGUGCAGUUACAAUAAAGAUGAUUGGACUGAACUUUCAAAAAUGGCUGAGGCUGCUGGUGCAGAUGCCCUGGAGUUAAAUUUAUCAUGUCCGCAUGGCAUGGGAGAGAGAGGCAUGGGCCUGGCCUGUGGGCAGGAUCCAGAGCUGGUGCGCAACAUCUGCCGCUGGGUGAGACAAGCUGUUCAGAUUCCUUUCUUUGCCAAGCUGACCCCCAACGUCACAAAUAUUGUGACCAUUGCAAUGGCUGCACAACAAGGUGGUGCAGAUGGUGUUACAGCCACCAAUACCGUCUCAGGGCUGAUGGGUCUGAGAGCAGAUGGCACACCUUGGCCUGCCAUUGGACUGGGGAAAAAGACCACAUAUGGCGGAGUGUCAGGAAAUGCCAUCAGACCCAUCGCCCUACGAGCUGUUUCAGCUAUAGCUUCCACUAUUCCAGACUUUCCCAUUCUAGCAACAGGAGGAAUUGACUCGGCUGAAAGCGGCUUGCAGUUUCUUCAUAGUGGUGCUUCUGUUUUACAGGUGUGCAGUGCCAUACAGAAUCAAGAUUUUACUGUGAUUGAAGAUUACUGCACUGGGCUAAGAGCUUUGCUUUAUCUGCAGAGCAUAGAGGAGCUUCAAGAUUGGGAAGGACAGAGUUCUUCAACUACAAGGCAUCAGAAAGGAAAGCCUGUGCCCAAAAUUGUUGACCUGGUGGGAAAGAAACUUCCCAGUUUUGGUCCCUACCUUGAACAACGCAAGAAGAUAACAGCUGAUGACAAACUGAAGCAGAAGGAACAGAAAAGCCUUGUUUUCCAGCCACAGAGAAAACAUUUUGUUCCCAAGAAGCCCAUUCCAGCAGUGAAGGAUGUAAUUGGAAAAGCACUGCGGUAUAUUGGAACAUAUGGAGAGCUCAGUAAUACUGAGCAAGUUGUAGCUCUGAUUGAUGAGGAAAUGUGUAUCAACUGUGGCAAAUGCUACAUGACCUGCAAUGAUUCUGGCUACCAGGCUAUACAAUUUGAUCCAGAAAUCCACCUGCCCACUGUUACCGACAGUUGUACAGGCUGCACUCUAUGUCUCAGUGUCUGCCCUAUUAUUGACUGCAUCCGAAUGGUUUCCAGGACAACACCUUAUGAACCAAAGAGAGGCCUGCCCUUAGCAGUGAACCCAGUGUGCUGAGGUGAUCAGACCAACAGUUAAAGUGAACCUUAUAUUUGGUUGAUUAUAUUGAUUUGCUUUCUAAUUAGUCCCAGCA